GUAUUCAUCACUUUCUAGAUGAGUGGCAUGGCGAACAGUGCAAAAAAAAUAUACGAAUUCAGUGUUGAGACUCUCGAGAAGAAGGUGCUCCCAUUGGAGACUUUUAAAGGCAAAGUCGUCCUAAUUGAAAAUGUUGCAUCUCUCUGAGGUACAACCACGCGUGAUUACACGCAAAUGAACGAACUGCAGGAAACGUUCGGUGACCGGCUGCAAAUACUGGCGUUUCCUUGCAACCAAUUUGGUCAUCAGGAAAAUGGGUCAAACGGCGAAAUUUUGACUAAUCUUAAAUACGUUAGACCUGGUAAUGGCUUCGUUCCUAAAUUUCACGUUUUAGGAAAGGUCGAGGUUAAUGGUGCCAACGCCCAUCCAUUGUUUGAGUUUCUCAGAACGAGUCUCCCAGUACCAUCUGACGAACAAACUAUGCUAAUGGGUGAUCCAAAAUUCAUCAUUUGGUCUCCAGUCUGCCGUAACGACAUUUCGUGGAACUUUGAAAAAUUUUUGGUUGAUAAGAAUGGCGUGCCUGUUAAACGUUACAGUCGUCACUUUCUGACCAAAGAUAUCAAAGCUGAUAUCGAAGAAAUGAUGAAGAAAUAA